AUGGGGAGAGGGAAUCGGAAAGCUUGGGUCUUCGAGGCGAGGAGACAGCUCUUAGGAAAGGACUACCCAGACACUGGUGUUCGGAGGAAAAGGAGCAGGGACUCGGCGGCGACCACUGCGCAGGUCGGACCUCGUUCGCUCGUAACUCGCUCCGCUUCCUCUGCAGCCAUGUCUGACAAACCCGAUAUGGCUGAGAUUGAGAAAUUCGAUAAGUCGAAACUGAAGAAAACAGAAACGAAAGAGAAAAAUCCACUGCCUUCACAAGAAACGAUUGAACAGGAGAAGCAAGCAGGCGAGUCGUAAUGAGGCGUGCGCCGCCAAUAUGCACUGUACAUUCCACGAGCAUUGCCUUCUUAUUUUACUUCUUUUAGCUGUUUAACUUUGUAAGAUGCAAAGAGGUUGGAUCAAGUUUAAAUGACUGUGCUGCCCUUUUUCACAUCAAAGAAUGGAGAACUACUGACAACGAAGGCCGCGCCUGCUUCCCAUCCGCCUGUCUGGCUGGCAGGGAAGGAAAAGAACUUGCAUGUUGGUGAAGGAGGCUGGGUGGGACGACAGUGAAAUCUAGAGUAAAGAGCAAGCUGGUCCAGGGUGUCCUGCGGGCUGUAAAAUGCAGUUUAAUCAGUGCCAUUUUUUUUUUGUUGUUGUUCAAAUGAUUUUAAUUAUUGGAAUGCACAAUUUUUUUAAUAUGCAAAUAAAAAGUUUUAAAACCUGAAAAAAAAAAAAAAAAGAUAA